GGCGUGCCGCGUGUGCUCCGAGCCCGCCGCCGCUUCCCGGGCCUCUCCCACUUCCCGGGUCUCCGCCGCUUCCCGGGCCUCUCCCGCUGAGCUCCGGCCUGCCCCGGCCCGGCCCGGCCCCGCGUCAUGGCCGCGUACAAGCCAGUGGUGGUCCAGGCGUGCCCCAAGCUCGGGGAGAAGAUCACACAGGACACGCUGUACUGGCGGGGAUACAAGACACCUGUUCAGAUAAAGGAAUUCGGUGCCAUAAAUAAAAUUGACUUCUCCCCAGUCCCGCCGUAUAACUACGCUGUCACAGCAUCCUCGAGGGUAAGUGGCCUUUCGGAGGCUUUUAUGCUGUUGUUCUUCAGCUGGCAUGACACCGGGAGAUGUAAUUCCCUCUUAUUCUGGCAGAUCCACAUCUACGGCCGCUACUCGCAGGAGCCCAUCAAGACGUUCUCUCGCUUCCGGGACGCGGCGUACUGUGCCACCUACAGGGACGACGGGCGCCUGCUGGCCGCCGGCAGCGAGGGCGGCAGCAUCUCCCUUUACGACGUCAGCGGCAAAGCCCCGCUCAGGCAGUUCGAGGGUCAAACCAAACCAGUUCAUCUAGUGGGAUUCCUGUCUGAUAAAUACCGAAUAUUUUCUGGUGGUGAUGAUUAUUCAUCAAAAUUGUGGGAUAUUCCAAGUGCCACAGAAAUCAUCUCUUACAGUGAGCACACUGACUAUGUGAGAUGUGGCUGUGCAAGUAAAGUGAAUGCAGAUGUCUUCAUAACAGGUUCCUAUGAUCACACUGUGAAACUGUUUGAUGCACGAACAAAGAGUAGUGUCAUGACGAUAGAGCACGGCCAUCCUGUGGAGAGCGUGCUUCUCUUUCCAUCUGGUGGACUUCUGGUAUCUGCAGGAGGUCGAUAUGUCAAAGUUUGGGAUGUACUAAAAGGUGGACAGUUACUAGUUUCACUUAAAAAUCACCAUAAAACUGUGACUUGUUUGUGCCUGAACAGCUCUGGACAAAGGUUAUUGUCAGGAUCUCUCGACAGGCAUGUGAAGAUUUACAGUACUACGUCCUACAAAGUGGUCCACAGCUUCAACUAUGCAACAUCCAUCCUCAGUCUUGCGUUGUCGCCUGAAGAUGAAACCAUAGUUGUAGGCAUGACCAAUGGGGUGCUAAAUGUUAAACACAGAAAACCAGAAGAAAAGAAUGAAAACUCUCAAAAGAAGAGACAACCAGCAUAUAGAACCUAUGUGAAAGGAAGAAGUUACAUGCCAAAACAGGAAGAUUUCUGUGUCAGUAAACCUGUAAAACGUGUUUUGAGAAAAUAUGAUAAGCUGCUGAGGAGCUUUCAGUCUUCCAAGGCUCUUGAUGCAGUACUCGAGCCACCCAUCAUGCUUCAUACCCCUGAAGUCACGGUUGCAGUCAUGCAGGAGCUGCAUCGCAGAGGAACACUGAGAAGUGCACUUGCAGGCCGAGAUGAGAAGCAAGUUAAUCUCCUGCUUACCUUUGUGGCAAGGCGUGUGAUUGAGCCUAGAUUUACUCCUGUGCUGGUUAUUGUUGCCGAUAUGAUCACUGACAUUUAUCAACCUGUGGUUGGGCAGUCAGCAAUAGUUGAUAAACAGUUCUUGAAACUCCAGCAAGCUAUUGGAAAAGAAAUUGACUAUCAAGAGGAGCUACUAGAAGUUUUGGGAAUGAUGGAUACACUGUUUGCUACUUUUACUAAGAAAAGAGAUACGUGUCUAGAAGAGAGCAAAAGUAAUGGUGUCACGGAGAUCAUUGAAACAAAUAGGAAUUACUGACCCCCAUCUCAACAAAUUGUCACAAUUAACUUGAAAGACAUGACUUGUUCUCCUGGUAAUUUCUUAUAAUAGUGACUUUCAAAAUAAGUUGAAGUUCUGUCUUUUAAACUGUGUUGCUGAGUAGGCUUGAUUACUGAAGAUGAGAAAGAGGACAUUUUCAAGAUUGUCCAUGAAAUAUUUUUCAGACAAUUUAGUUUUAAAGUUUUAUUUCAGAGUUACAUAACUUCCUACAUUUACAUGGGGAUUUACAUAGCCUCAUUUUUGGUAGCAGCAGGGCUGCAUGGGUGGCUUCUGUGAGAAGCUGCCAGAAGCUUCCCUCAUGUUUGGCAGAACCAAUCCCUGGUUGCUCCAAAGAUGGACAUGCUGCUGGCCAAAGUUGGGCCCACUAGAAAUGGGGAUAACAAAGUUAUUGUGCAGUUGUAACUGUGGCCAGAGAAGAGCAGAGUGAGAAGAUGUGAGAAGAACAACCCUGUGGACACCGAGGUCAGUGAAGAAGGAGGGGCUGGAGAUGUUCCCAAUGCUGAGAUUCCCCUGCAGCCCAUGGUGAGACAGCCCUGCCCCUGCAGCCCGUGGAGAUCCAUGGGGAAUGCAGAGAUCCAUCUGCAGCCCAUGGUGAGACAGCCCUGCCCCUGCAGCCCAUGGAGAUCCAUGGGGAAUGCAGAGAUCCAUCUGCAGCCCAUGGUGAGACAGCCCUGCCCCUGCAGCCCAUGGAGAUCCAUGGGGAAUGCAGAGAUCCAUCUGCAGCCCAUGGUGAGACAGCCCUGCCCCUGCAGCCCGUGGAGAUCCAUGGGGAAUGCAGAGAUCCAUCUGCAGCCCAUGGUGAGACAGCCCUGCCCCUGCAGCCCGUGGAGAUCCAUGGGGAAUGCAGAGAUCCAUCUGCAGCCCAUGGUGAGACAGCCCUGCCCCUGCAGCCCAUGGAGAUCCAUGGGGAAUGCAGAGAUCCAUCUGCAGCCCAUGGAGGAGCCCGUGCUGGAGCAGGUGGAUGCCUGGAGGAGGCUGUGACCCCGUGGGACACCCAUGGAGAGAGGGGCCCUGCUCCCAGGCUGGAGCAGCCUGCCCUUGGAGGAUGCACCCGUGGGAGAGUGGCCACCCCACAGCAGUUUGGGGAGGACUGUGGCCUGUGGGAUGGGCUCACUCUGCAGCAGUUCAUGGAGAUCUGUCUGCAUGGGAGGGGAGCCCACAGGGCAGCAGGGCAAGGACUCCUCUCCCUGAGCAGUGGGAGAAGCCACGGGUCAUGGACUGCCCAUAGCCCCAUUCCCUGUCUCCCUGUGCCACUGCGGGAGAAGGCAGAGCUGGGAAGGAGGGAGGGCGUGAGGGGAAGGUGUUUUUAAGGGUUUAUUUUACUUCUCAUUGUCCUGCUCUAAUUUUGUUCAGUAAUAAAUAUAAUUAAUAUAUCUUAGUUGAGUCUGUUUUGCCUGUCAUGGUAUUUGAUGAGUGAUCUCUCCCACUCCUUAUCUCAACGCAUGAAUCCUUUGUUAUAUUUUCUCUGCCUGGUCCAGUUGCAGAGGAUUGAGUGAGGGGCUUUGGUGGCUGCCUGGUGUGUCGCCAGCACCAGCCCACUACAGUUGUGUGUCCAGUACUGUCAGCAGUCAACAAUUUUCAGUUUUUAUUUACCAGAAAAUAAUUGUUUGUGUAAUUUUAAUGUGUCACUGUCUUUAUUUAAGGUUAAUAUCUGAUCUCACAUCCUUGAAAAUACAAAGAAAACAGCAUAUACAUUUGAUAACACUUGGCUACAUUGUUUUUUCUCUCCCCGCUUCAUCUCCAUUUAAGAUUUUGAUGAAUUCACAGCACAUAGCAGAAUGAUUCAAGAAGUGCAUGCUUUUUAGUUUACUUUUUUUAAUGAUGCAUAUGUAUUUUUGGGUUACAAUUUUUCUAGAAAAUAGGUAAUACUUCUAAAGGGGAAUUAAUUUGAAUUAAAUUAAUAUAAUGAGUAAAGUACCAAUGAGAAAAUACCAAGCCCAAUAUCAGAACUCAAUUUUCUGUAAUUCUGCCACUUCCAAUGUGCAGUAGAUGGAAUUUGAGUCCAUUGUUUGAAUGCUAGGGUAAUGGUUUAUUUUAACUUCAAGCAGGGCUGGAUGAGUGUGAAUACAGUGGAAAGAGGUGUGCCAAAGGCUGUUGAGUACAUGUAGUAUGACAUUAGGGUAGAACCUUGUUCUUAGCCUGUUCUAUGGCUUGAAUUCUCCUAUAGGCCUGGAAUUUGGUAUGUAAUAGGAAUUUCUUGCAAAAUUAAUUUGCUCAUGUAAGACAUUGAAAGGCAGAUACAAGUGGUAGAAAUAGCUAGAAAAAUUUUGCAAGUUCUACCUAAAAUCUUAACAAUUGUGACUGAAAUGGAGUGCUUUUAGGUCUGCCCUUAAAUUGGGAUGUGAACAGUGUAUGUUCCUGACUACUACUGUUACUGGUUUUGAAUAGUUAGAAUGAUAACAGGUAAUAACAGGAACAAACUUCAAACUUUAGUUUGCUUACUUAACUAUUUUUAUUUUUUUAUUUUGUUUGUGUUAAUAGACCUAAAACCUCUUCUGUCUUUUAGGAAAUCAGUGUACUUUUAAUUGUGUGGCUUAAUCAGGCAAUAGCACUUAGAUUUCACACAGAAUUAAUUUUCGGAGUGGAGAUGCAGGGGAUGCUUAUCUUGGAGCAUCCUUAUUCUGUGAACUGGUACUGCUUGGAGUUGAGGGAGCACAUUUCUCUUUGCAGCAUCAUUUUUUUUCUAUGGCUUGCAAACCACUAACCUUGACAUAAAACAUACUCUUAGUUCUUACUGACAGUAUUCAUGUCUAUAGUAUGUAUCCAUUUCAGUGCUUUAAAGUUUGAUGUAUGGCUAGCAGAAGCAUAGGAAAAUGUUAGAUUAAAAUAGUGAUUAAUUGGAUCUAAAGUAGAGAGAGAUGGAUUUGAUGGUUGGACUCUUAAGGGGAUGAGAAUUUGGUGGGUUGUUUGCAUCCAGAGGGUAAUGGUCAAGGGCUCAAUGUCCAGUUGGAGAUCGGAGAUAUGUCAGCAAUGUCCCUUAGGAAGGAAUUCAUAUUGGAACCAGUACCAUUCAGUAUCUUCAUCAGUCACAUGGACAGUGGGAGCCUUAGCAGGUUUGCAGAUGGCACCCAGUCAAGUGAUGCAGCUGACACACAUGAAAGGUGGGAUGCCGUCUAGAGGGACCUGGUCAGACUUGGAGAGGGGCCCAUGUGAACCUUAAGAGGUUUAACAAGCCAAUUGUGCAAGGUGCUGCCCGUGGGUCAGAGCAGGCCCGGUACCAGCACAGGCUGGGCAUGAACAGAUCCCAGCAGCCCUGCCCAGAAGGAAUUGGGGGUGCUGGUGGCUGAGAGGCUGGACAUGCCCCAGCCACGGGCACUGCCAGCCCAGAGAGCCACACGUGUCCUGGGCUGCAUCCAGAGCAGGGUGGGCAGCAGGGCAGGGAGGGGAUUCUGCCCCUCUGCUCUGCUCUGCUGAGACCCCAUCUGCAGGGCUGCAUCAGCUCUGGGGGCACAGCACAGCAAGGACAGGGAGAUGUUGGAGUAGUCCAGAGGAGGGCCAUGAAGAUGAUCAGGAAACUGUAGCACCUCACCUAUGAGGACAGUCUGAGAGAACUGGGGUUACUCAGCCUAGGGAAGAGACAGCUCCAGGGGGACAUUAUCGUGGCUUUUUUUGGCACUUGCAGGAAGCUGAUAAGAAAGAUGGGGACAGACUUUUUAAGUAGGCCCUGUUGUGAUUGGACAAGGGGUAAUGGUUAAAAUGUAAAGGGAAGAUGUAGACUAGACAUAUGGAAGUUCUUUACAACAGGGUUGAUAAAAUGUUGGAACAGGCUGCCCUGAAUUGGUAACUGCUCCAUGCCUGUAAGCAUUCAGUGUCAGGUUGGAUGAGGCCCUGAGCAACUUUAUCUAGUUGAAGGAGUGCUCUGCUUAUUGCAAGGUGUUUGACUAGGUGAUCUUUAAAGGUCCCUUCCAACCCAAUUUGUUCCAUAUAUCUGUAUCUUAUGGCUUUUGAUGCAUUACAAUGUUUGUUAUUCAUGUUUUCUUUCAAGUGAGUUUGCCAAGGUGGAUGUGGAAACAAAUGUGAGAUAUUCUCUACACAAAUUGAAAUGGAAAGAAAAUAUGAAAACAUAAAUGCCAUUUAAGAUCUUAAUGUCUAAGAAGGUUAGUAAAAUUAAAUUUGGAAGGAAGACUUUGGAAGAUAUUUGGAAUGACUGAUGAGUUGUAUUUUAAGCUCCACUGGAUUUCCUACCUCUGCAUUGAAACCUAAUAUUUGUUCAGGUGACAAACUUGCCAGACAUAUCUGUUCAUUGUGAAUGUAAGUUUUUGUUCUGAAAAAUAAGUUAAUUUUUUCCCAUUUAAUAAGAUUU